UGAUGAUGGAGCUCUGUCUAGUCGACAGUGCUCAUUAUGAUAGUAUCUGACAUUUCCUCUGACAUUGUGCACAUUCUGCUCGCUUCAUACACGAUGUGACUGCGGCUGUCAGUCCCUUAUGACUGGGAUGUGCGUAGCUAGCUAACGUUAGCCUGUUAGCUUAGCGCUCAUCCAUCCAUCCUGCUACAGCGAGAGAGAGCUCGAGCAGCAGCUGGCCAGCAGCUCCCUCUGAUCGGCUGCAGCAGCAACACACAGCUCGGUGUUCUUCUGAAGAGGAGAGGAUGAAGAUGAUGAUGAUGAUGAGGCCUUAAAUAUCAGAUCGGUGUGUUCAGUCAUCAAAUACAGACAUGGCGUCUCAGCUGCAGGUGUUCUCCUCUCCCUCCGUCUCCUCCACGGCCCACUCCCGCUCCAAGAGGCUGAAAGUGGAGAACCCCCCCACCUGGGAAGCCUCCAGCCAGCCGGGGGACAAUGGUUACCUCCAGCAGAGCCCCUCCCAGGGAGCCGCCCCCUCCACCUCCAGCUCCGGAUCAAACUUCAACCCGGUGUACAACUCCAACCAGGGACCCCCCCCGCCUUCAUCUGGCUCCCGGGAGCAGACGGUGGUCCGAGCGGCCGACAGCACAGGUAGCGUACGCGAACCUCCCUCCUCCUCUUCCUCCUCCUCUUCCUCCAGCCGUCGUAUAAAGGAUGCAGAGUCCUCCUCCCUCUACCACAAGCAGCACAGCCUGAAGAGGAAGAGCGAGGAGGUGGACAGCAGCGACAGCGUUCAGAUCCUGGAGGAGCUCUCGGCCCCCGUGGUGUCAAACCGAACGGGUGGAGGUGGAGGUGGAGGAGGAGGGGGAGGGGGGACGACCACAGCGCAGUCCAUAGCUCACUCCACCUCCACCACCAAGAGCAGCUCCUCCCACAGCGAGGGCGACUACCAGCUGGUGCAGCACGAGAUCCUGUGCUCCAUGGCCAACAGCUACGAGGUGCUGGAGUUCCUGGGGCGAGGCACCUUCGGACAGGUGGCCAAAUGCUGGAAGCGAGGCACAAACGAGAUCGUGGCGAUCAAGAUCUUGAAGAACCACCCGUCUUACGCUCGGCAGGGUCAAAUUGAAGUGAGCAUCCUGAGCAGACUGAGCACAGAGAACGCCGACGAGUUCAAUUUCGUCCGCUCCUACGAGUGUUUCCAGCACAAGAACCACACGUGCCUGGUGUUUGAGAUGCUGGAGCAGAACCUCUACGACUUCCUGAAGCACAGCAAGUUCAGCCCGCUGCUGCUGAAGUGCAUCCGGCCCAUCCUGCAGCAGGUGGCCACGGCCCUGAUGAAGCUGAAGAGCCUGGGGCUGAUCCACGCCGACCUGAAGCCGGAGAACAUCAUGCUGGUGGACCCUCUGAGGCAGCCGUACCGAGUCAAGGUCAUCGACUUCGGCUCCGCCAGCCACGUGUCCAAAGCAGUUUGCUCCACCUACCUGCAGUCUCGAUACUACAGAGCUCCGGAGAUUAUUCUGGGCCUUCCUUUCUGUGAGGCGAUCGACAUGUGGUCGUUGGGAUGUGUCAUCGCUGAGCUGUUUUUGGGAUGGCCGCUUUAUCCGGGGGCCUCGGAGUAUGAUCAGAUCCGUUACAUCUCCCAGACGCAGGGCCUCCCUGCAGAGUAUCUGCUGAGCGCAGGGACCAAGACCAGCCGCUUCUUCAACAGAGGCCCCGACUCCAGCUACCCCCUCUGGAGACUCAAAACGUCCUCUGAGCACGAGGCGGAGAUGGGCAUCAAGUCCAAGGAGGCGAGGAAAUACAUCUUCAACUGUUUGGAUGAUAUGAUGCAGGUGAACAUGACGAACCUGGAGGGGACGGACAUCUUGGCAGAGAAGGCGGACCGGCGGGAGUUCAUCGACCUGCUGAAGAAGAUGCUGACGCUGGACGCAGACAAACGCAUCACGCCCAUGAAGACGCUGAACCACCCCUUCGUUACCAUGACGCACCUGCUGCACUUCCCUCACAGCUCACACAUGAAAUCCUGCUUCCAAAAUAUGGACAUAUGCAAACGCAGAUGCAGCGCCUUUGAGAACGGGAAGAACAUGUUCUCCAGCAACACCACGUCGAGUGCAGCCGCCAACCUCACCGUGACCUUCAGCAGCCAGCUCAACCAGCACAGCCAGAUGUCCUCAGCAGGAGCCCAGUCUCUGUCCCUCAGCAGUAACGUCCCGCUGCUCAACUACCAGCCCGGCCUCUACCAGCAGGCCACCAUCAACAUCCCCGCCCCCCCCCAGCUCUGCACCCAGACCGAGCCCUUCCAGCAGACCCUCAUCGUCUGCCCCCCCACCAUCCAGGGUCUCCAGACAUCCAGUAAGCCCUCUGGUUUUCCAGUGAGGAUGGACAGCUCCGUCCCCUUAGGUCCUCAGAACCAGAACUCCCAGUCUCUGCACAUCCAGCCCGGCAUGCUGGCUCAGCAGGGCUGGCCAGCUGGCACUCAGCAGAUCCUCAUCCCCUCCACCUGGCAGCAGAUGCCCGGCAUGGCCCUACACAACCCGGGGCAGAACGUGGUGCCGGACCCCCCCAUGGGGGCCUCCGACAGUCAACAAGGCUCUGGCUGGAGGGGUCGCCAUGGCAGCCAGUUCGAUGGCGUCGGUCACGCUGCCUCCCAAAGCCACGCUGCCUCCCAAAGCCACGCUGCCUCCAGACCCCAACAGGGCAAGAGGGCAAAGGCUCGACACGCAGAGAGCAGAGCCAGGCCUGUGUCGUCGGCCACUGUGCUCCAGAACCCUCCUGCUGGUGAUCAGUCUCAGCCAAUCAUCAUCUCCGACACCCCCAGCCCCGCCGUCAGCAUCAUCACCAUCCACAGCGACUCGGAGGACGAGGACGACAGGAAGUUCCCCGCUGGCUGCUCUGGAACGAGCCAGCGGACCAACGUGAUCAGCUGUGUGACGGUGCACGACUCUCAUGACUCGGACUCCUCCACCAGCAGCCCUCUGAGUACCAAGACCCCCCCUCUGAGCACAAAGACCCCCCCUCUGAGCACCAAGACGCCCCCGCAGCCCGCCCAGCCUCUGGCCGUCAUCGUGCCGUCUGUGAAGAGCCAGCCGGGGGAGAGCUCGGAUCAAGCUACAAGUGGCUCUGGAAAAUCCAAGAAAGCGUCGACUCAGCAGUCGAGUCGGACCGGAGACUCCAACACUGACCGCCAUCAACGAAACACAUCCAGCAGAUCUCAGCCUCUCAACCUCAGUCAGGUACAGCAGUCUGUGAUGUCAUCUUCCCUCGACCCAACAGGAAGCAGUAUCAUCCUGAGGAGGCAGCCCACCUACCCUCCUCCCGUCUCCUCCCACUCGUCCUUCCUGCUCCACGAGAACCCCCUCUUCAGCUCCGCCCCCAACCUGUACGCCUACCCCGCUUCUGCCGCCCUGGCCUCCGUCUCGCAGGCUGUGGACCAGAUGCAGGGGGGCCGGGUCGGGGGGGCCUUCUCCUCCCUGGCGCUGCUGCAGAAGACCGGCAGCCUGGGGGUCUCUCCGGCACAGUACGGUAACCAAAACCUCCAGCAGGGGGUGCUGCCUUUUCACCACGCCAGUGCUACUUACCAGAGAAAACUCAACCAGUUCCCCUACCUGUAAACACCAAAUGACCGAGACUAGAGACGAGCACAAGCUCAUCACAAGCGGCUUAUUUGACAUUUUCUGUUUUUUUUUUUUUAACCCAUCGUAUUAUCUUAAAAUGUGUUGAAACUUCGUUAAACAUUUAAUUUAUUUAUAUUUUAAUCAUGGUCUGUUUUAAAAUCUUUUCCAGCGUUUUCGUGUUUUUGUGUUGCAUACAUAUACAGCCAGUUAACAGUAACAGUGCAGUCGGCAAGUAUCUACUUAUUUACAGAUGUAUUGUUGUGUUGGCUCUGCACUCCAAUACAUUCGAUUUUACAAUUAAACAAUAAGUAUAAAGUGCUGACGUCUGGCUUUAAUUUAAGGUUGUCUACACACAGACCAGAUGAAGCAAGUAGGAAUUGUAGCCCUUUUUUGUACAAAGUCCCUAAAUGUUAAGGGACUAAUCAUACAGCUGCAAUUCUACUAUUCCUGAUAGUUUGCUAACAUGUUGAGCCCCAUUUUUUUUAACUUUAUUUGAGAGAGAAGUGUUGAGGAGAAACUGGAACUUGACUACAUGCUGUGCUGUCCAAAAAUGUUAUUAUUAUUUUGUAUCUCUAUUGUAAUCUAUAUUAAGUCACAAACCCAAUCGCCUUACCUGUUAAUCCGUUUCUUGAUUGUUUUUAUACUUUAAUGUCAGCAGAUUGUGAUACAGUACGUUAGGCGUUUUAAAGUUUCCUUUAUGAACGUUUGUGUGUGUGUGUUUUAUCUGUAUCUGGAGGAAGUAAGCUGUGUCUGAUAAUGUUCUUCAAAUGUUUUCCAUGUUAAUUAUGUUUUAGUGUUGGCUAUAUACUUGAUUAUAUGUAUAUGUGUAGGACAUAACAUUAUAUAGGGUGUGGUAUUACAGUAAGAGGGGAUUGUCGUGUUUUUUUUACAGUUUUAAAUGUAUUCUUAAGGUUGCAUGGGUCUGACAUGGAGUAGCAUUCAGGAGAGAUGCGUACAAACUGCAUCGCAUAUAUAUGUUAUAUUUAAUUUGUGGGACAAACACAUUAAGGAUAUUGGUACAUUGUUAAACCCGUGUCUUGUGAAGUGAUGUCUGUGAUAUUAAAAUGUCUGCAUCAAAAUCUGAUCGGGCAUCACACUAUCACAUCAAAGCUAAUGCGUUUAAAAUUGUGAAAAAAAUCUGAGAAAAAGAUGAUAUAUAAAAAUACAAAUUGAUGUUCAAUGUGUAACUGCUUAUAAACAAAUCAUUGGUUUGGUGAAAUGGUGGCUUUUGCUGUGUUGUGGAGUGCUACGUUACAAAAAACACUCAAUGGACCUUAACCCGUAUAUACGCAAUAAAAUCUUCUCAAAACAGAA